UCGCACGUUGGGUUAGACUUAACUGAGUCUCGGUCAAAUGGAUGGACGACUCAGAGGCAGUAAGUUGGGGUCAUCAAUGACAAGUCGGAUGAUUUUACUCACUCAUCCAGCCAGGAGUUGGAUCUUUAUGAUUUAAUUGGAACUCUAUUCCUAACCAAAGUAGUCUGCUUGUAAGACGUGCCUCAGCCAAUUACAAGUAUGGUGAAAAGGUGUCCUGGUCCGGUUGUAGUAAUAUUGUUCGCCCAACACCAGACCAAGAGCUGAGAGCCCGGCUCAUCAGUUGGAACUAUGUUCCUACCUAAAUAGUUGUCUUGUGGAGUAACGCCCAAGCGGAACGCAAGAUAAUGAAAUAUGGAUCUUGGCCCACUAGAGGUUUCGCCGGAAAUCUCCGAAUCAAUAUCGAGGGUUAUUGAUUUGUUAAAAAUAGUGGGAGAUAAUUAAUUAAAGGCCUAAUUAAUUAUUAAACAUGAUAAAUAACCUAGUUUGCAAAAUUUUCUGUAGAUGGCAAACAACAACCCUUUCAACCUGCGUUACAUCCUGGAAAACAACAAGUUAUCCGGGACCAACUUUCUUGACUGGGAAAUGAACCUCCGAAUCGUUCUUAACUGUGAGAGGAAACUCUACAUCCUCGAAAUGGAUCCUCCCAAGACCCCUGAUGCUAAUGCUCGUGCGUCCGAACUCACUUCCUUCAAGAAGUAUGAGGACGACGCGCGAGAUGUAAAGUGUAUCAUUAUGGCCAGUAUGACCGCGGAGCUCCAAAGGUUCCACGCGGACAUGGAAGUGCGUCCUAUGAUACAAUGCUUAAGAGACCUUUACCACGGUCAACCCCAAAACUCAGGUAUUUACGUUAUCGAAGUCAAUAUGUCUGAUAUCACAUCUUGGGUGAUGGAUACUGGAUGUGGUUCUCACAUCUGUACUUCUAUGCAGAACUUGCAUGAAUGUAGACAAUUGACGGAGGGAGAGAUACAACUAAAAGUCGGCAAUGGCGCACUCGUCUAUGCAUUGGCCGUCGGAACCUAUAGUUUAUCUCUACCUAGUGGUCUAAUAUUGCAUUUGAAUAAUUGUCUGUUUGUAC